AUGCCAAGAAACUCUCAAACUUCAAAUAUUUCGCCAACAAUUAAUAUGCUAGACCUCAAUCGAAUAUUUCAGCCACGCGACAAUAAUCCAGAAGAAUAUCUACAAAGAGGACGAGUUCGAAUAGCAGGAGAUAGGCCUAGAAGACCACAGAAUGCUUUUUUCAUAUUUCGACAAAAUGUAAGCAAAGAAGCUCGGCGCGUUGGAGUUAAAAACAUGCGACUAAUAUCCACGGUCUCUGGUCAUUUAUGGAGAAAUUCCAGUGAAGAACAAAAAGCAGUUUAUGAAGCAAUAGCGGUGCAAGUUCGAGCUUUGCAUCGAGAAGCGUUUCCCGAUUUUAUAUACACAAGACCUCGCUCAAGGUUUGAAUUCCGUGAAUAUGAGCCGAAAGCAGCAGCACAAAAUGAAAACAAUUCUCAAUCAGAAACCAGAGAUGCCUCUACUCAUCCUGAGAUUUCUGCGAUAUCUUUUAAUGAGUCCGCAGUUAUUGCACCUACAGUUCCAUCAAAUUUCGAAGAUGAUCGAGAGAAUUCAACGCAGGACAAUCUUUAA